UUUCAGUGUGUGUGGCGCUGUUUUGCCGCUGAUCCGGCUCACCAUUCUGAGGCCACGUGGAAAAUCCACAUUCAUGACGCAUCCAAUGAGGAAAAUAUGUUAGCGCGAAUGGCUCGGCGCGCAAGUUUGACGCUAAGAAAAAGACGCUCCUCAAGGAUGGAUUCCCUAGGAAAUCAUUAUAGGGAGAGCAUGACCUCUGUGUUUACAGAGGACAAAUUAGCUGGUACACCACGAAACCCUCGGAGGGAUUUCCAAAGACAGUGCUCAGGUUCUAGUACGUAUCAUUCCAAUAGCAUUACUGGGGAUAACUACAUGGAUGACAAUGAUUACGAUAAUGAAGAAGCAGAAAAAGUAGUCCAAUUAACAGACGCACACAAAACAGCUAUUAGAGUCAUUAGAAAAAUCAAAUAUUUUGUAGCCAGGCGAAAAUUUCAGCAAGCACGUAAACCCUAUGAUGUACGUGACGUAAUAGAGCAAUACUCUCAAGGUCAUUUAAAUAUGAUGGUCCGAAUCAAAGAGUUACAACGAAGGUUAGACCAAACACUCGGGAAGCCCAGCACAUUAUAUUCCAGUGGUUACCAUAAGGACCGAGAAAAAUUAACCAUCAGUGCAAGAGUUGUCCGGUGUGAAAAUCAGUUAAAUAAAAUGGACCAGAAACUAGAUCAGGUAUUGUUUAUGAUAAAUUCUUUACUGAAAUCCAAGAAAGUGAACAAGUCCGCCAGGAGGAGAAGUUUGAGGCAGGCCUAUGUCAUGAUGAUCAUGUGA